AUGCUUGUUGUUAGAGUUCUUCGUGUUCUGAAAAUGGCCAGAGUGUUCAAGUUGGCACGAUAUAGCAGUAGUCUACAGACAUUCGGUCAAACGCUCAAAUCGUCGAUCACCGAAUUGAGCAUGUUAAGUAUGUUUCUACUGACGGGUAUUGUAUUCUUCUCCACUAUCAUGUACUACUUGGAAAAGGAUGAACCUCACUCAGAUUUCUAUUCAAUUCCAGCUGCUUGCUGGUGGUGUGUAGUCACAAUGGCAACUGUCGGUUAUGGAGACGCUAAACCUGUUACCGUAUGUAAGUCAACUUUUCCUCAAUAA